AGGAAAGUCGGACUGAGCGCCAACUCGUCCCAAUUCACCUUUAAUGGUGAGCCCUUCCGUAUCCUCGGAGGUUCCAUCCACUACUUUCGUGUGCCUAGGGCCUACUGGAGGGACCGCUUAAUGAAAAUGAAAGCUUGUGGCAUCAACACUCUCACCACUUCUGUGCCAUGGAACCUGCAUCAGCCACAGAGAAAGAUCUUCAACUUCGACAUGGAGCUGGAUUUAGAAGCUUAUAUCAAUCUUGCAGCCGAAAUGGGUUUGUGGGUGAUUCUACGCCCAGGGCCCUACAUCUCUUCUGAGCUGGACCUAGGGGGGCUGCCAAGCUGGCUUCUCCAAGACGAUAACAUGAAAUUGAGGACAACAUACCAUGGAUUUACUGAGGCAGUCGAAAUUUUUUGGAACAAACUUAUACCAAAAGUUGUCCCUUUGCAGUUUAAGAAUGGUGGUCCCAUCAUUGCUGUUCAGGUUGAAAAUGAAUACGGGUCUUUUGCCAAGGAUGAUGAUUACAUGCCUUUCAUUAAAGAGGCUCUGCAGUCCAGAGGAAUUUCUGAACUACUGCUCACAUCACACAACCACAACACAAUCAAGUCAGGGGGUGUAGAGGGAGCCUUGAGAUCAUUGAAGUUGCAGAAAUUAAAUCAAAGAGACAUUCAAAAUCUGAACAUAAUCCAGCCAAACCGACCAACAAUAGUGAUGGACUACUGUACAGGCUGGUAUGAUGUGUGGGGUGAGCUCCACCACGUGCUCCCACCAGAGGAUGCGAUAUCAACAGUUAUACAGAUUUUGAGGCUUGGAAUGUCUAUCAACCUCUACAUGUUUCAUGGAGGCUCCAGUUUUGGCUUUAUGAGUGGAGGUGUGGCUGAACCUUACUACAAAGCAUUGGUGACUAGUUACGAUUAUGAUGCCCCCUUGUCAGAAGCUGGAGAGUACACUCAGAAGUACCAUCUCCUCAGAAAUGUGUUCACUGAAUUCCACAGUAAAAGUUUACCCGAGAUGCCAAAUCUACAACAUAAGCAAGCUUAUGAACAAGUCAUUAUGUACCAGCACAUGUCCUUAUGGGAUGCUUUGACAUUUACUGAGGGACCAUUUCAGUCACACGUGCCAAUCAGCAUGGAGAAUAUACCAACAAACAACAUGAAUGGACAAUCGUAUGGAUACACGCUGUAUGAGACAACCAUAACCACUGGAGGCUUAUUGACGUCAGGAGACAAUGUUAAAGAUCGUGCCACUGUUUUCGUAAAUAAAGAUUACAUCGGGAUUUUCAAACGGCAGAAUUUGAAGUUGGACAUUCCAGAUGGCGAGGGCCAGCGGACUUUAAGUUUAUUGGUGGAAAACUGUGGACGAGUUAACCGGGGAAGGAACCUUGACAAGCAACGUAAAGGUCUUGUAGGGGACAUUUUCUUGAACAAUAUCCCAUUACGGGAUUUUACAAUAUACAGCUUGGAAAUGAAACCCGACUUCAUUUCUAAUCUCUAUCAGGCCCCUUGGAAAGAGCUUCCUAUACGUCCAAGUUUCCCUUCUUUUUUCAUGGGCCAGCUCUCGACCUACGGGUAUUCCUUCGAUACAUUUGUGAAAUUGCCAGGUUGGGUUAAAGGUGUUGUGUUUAUCAAUGGGAUAAACUUGGGACGCUACUGGUCCAUUGGACCCCAACAGACACUCUAUGUCCCUGGUCCACUUAUCAACAGGAGAGUCAACCAUGUCAUUGUGUUUGAAGAGCAAGAAUGUGACUACAUACUCAAUUUUCUCGACACAGCAGAUCUUGGCAUGGAACAAGACAUCCAGUGA